ACGCGAUACGGAAGAAAGGCGGGCGCUCCCUCUUUACGUAAACAAACACGGAUGCCCACCUCGUUGACCGCAGGAGGCGACGUGCUGCACGGCGACGGCACCGGCUCCAUCAGCAUCUACGGCGACCACUUUGAGGACGAGACGUUCGACAUCAAGCACAACAGCCCCGGGAUGCUGAGCAUGGCGAACUCAGGCAAAGACACGAGCGGAUGCCAGUUUUUCAUCACCACCAUCUCGACGCCUUGGCUGGACGGCCAGCACACGGCUUUCGGAAAGGUGAUUGACGGUCAGGACGUGGUGCACAAGAUUGAGCUGCAAUCUACGGACUCGGAGGACCGACCCGUCGCUGCCGUCAUCAUAAAGGAGUGCGGCGUGAUCCCGACCCCUGAACCGUUCUACAUUUCCAGUAAAUUCAUGUGGAUAUGGGUGCGCAGCUCGAUCGUGCCUCUGAGCUUCUCUGUCUCCAUCCUGGCCUUCUUCCAGUACAUGCUGCGGAAGCUGGACAACUGACCCCCCACGGGGCCUUUUCUGCUCAAAAUAUAG